AGAUGUGGAUUAAUGUGCAACUGCUGCAUUUUGGAGAGAAGAAAAUCUGUCUCAUUUAGUUUCACCCCCUGAAAUAUAAAGAAGUUGUGAUUUUCCUCGUGCAGUUUUAGUUGGUUGGGAGACUUCUUAGUCUGAACCAGUGAUCCGCCGCGGGACGGAGCUAACAUCAGCAGCUGCAAACGCAUCUGCACGCAGCUCUCAUCGUUGCGGACGUCCUCAUCAGUUUCCCACAAUGCAUCGCGGAUCUGUCAUGGCCGCUCACUAAUGCUGCUUUCGCCACAUGGGUGCAUCUAAACAUUUUCUGUGAGCUUGAGAAGUCCUGACUUGGCCCGCUGACGGAGCCAUUAAGCGGCGGCUCGGACUCGGGACGGUCCCGGCUGAAGGCAGCAGAUCCUCGGUCAGUUCGGGAGGAAGCAGCGGUGUUUGGUCAUGUCGCUCCACAUAGAGAUCCCCAUCCUCAGAGGCUUCCUGACAUCCAGCGAGGCAGCAGAAUGGAAGCAGAGCAUCGGCGGUAUUUCAGACGCUGGCGGUCUGCUGCAAUCCUUGUUGGAAGGGGACUUUCAGGCCGUUCUGCUGAGUCCACAGAUGGCGAAUCUGUUAGCUGGAGACGGCAGCUGCAGCGAGGACGAGGACAUCGAGGCCUAUCUGGAGAGACGAGUCCUGCUGUAUCUGACUGGUGGCACCGAUGAUGACCAGACCAACAGGGAGCUGGAGCUGAUGGUCCUGGCCGUCUCCUGCCUCCACAUGUUUGCUCAGAGCAACUGGACCGGCCCCUCAGUGGCUCUUCACAUCUCUGAUUUGCUGCCUCCGGCCCUGAUGUCCUCUCAGAAAUCCUUGGAAGAUGGAAUCUUGUCCAGCCUGCUCCUGGAUGGGGAGUCUGUGUACAGUCUGGUUAUCAACCCCCUGCUCCUCCUGCUGGCUAGGGUCAUCCUCACCAAGUGCUCCGCGAAGAUGGAAAACCUUCAACUGCUGCCCUGGUGGACUCUUCGCUACAUCAACCUCCACCAGCAGAUCCUGGAGGCCCGAUCUCCAGCGCUCCUCAGCUCGGCCCGGCGCAGCAUGGAACGAGUGCUAGGAUGUGGUUCCGUGUUGUUGGAGCAGAAGAACCUGGCCAUCCAGUUCCACCUGGAGUGUGCAUACACCAGUCUGACCUACUACGAGUACCAGGCAGCUAAGGAGCACAUCGCCAAGGCCCAGGAGCUGUCCGGCCUCAGCAUCAGCAUGACCGGGGCUCUGGGAAAACGGACCCGGUUCCAGCAGAACUACUUGGCUCAGCUCAUCCUUGAGGUGAAAAGGAAGCAGAAGGAACCGGAUCAGAGUCUCAGUGAGGCCAGUCCCACCCCCACGCCACAAGCCAGCCUCCCCAAGGACCUCCAUCUGGGUGAUGACACGGUGCUGGAUGAGAUCAGUUUAGCAGAACCGGAUCAGUACAAGCUGCCCGACCUGAGCGCUGAGGAGCAGGCCCUCAUCCUUGGUGUCUGCACCGACUUUCAGAAGAACAACCCUGUUCAUAAACUAACAGAAGAGGAACUACUGGCCUUCACUUCCAGUAUUUUGUCUCAACGUAAGUUCUGGGCUGUGGAGGUCACUGCUCUAUGCCUCAGGACCAAACUGGAAAAAGGAAGAUCUCGAUGUGUUGAAAGAGCCAUGAUGCAAACCCAGGUGAUAGUAGACCACUUUGAAGACAACAGCUGUCCUGUCACGGAGCGGCUCAAAGUCUUCUACUGCUGCCAGGUCCCGCCCAGAUGGGCUGUACAGAAACAGCUGGCCAGCCUCCUGAUAGACCUCGGCUGCUUCAGUUCAGCUCUGCUCCUUUAUGAAAAGCUGGAGCUCUGGGAGGACGUGGUCAUCUGUUACGAGAGGCUCGGCCAACAUGGAAAGGCUGAGGAGAUCGUGCGCAGGGAGCUGGAGAAGAAGGAGACUCCCACUCUGUACUGUUUACUGGGAGACAUCUUGAGGGAGCCUCAGUACUACGACCGGGCGUGGGAGCUGUCGGGCCGCCGCAGCGCCAGGGCCAUGCGCUCCAAGGCGCUGCUGCACCUCCGUAACAAGGAGUUCCAGCAGUGUGUGGAGUGCUUCGAACAGUCGCUCCAGAUCAACAGCUUACAGCUUGGUGUGUGGUUUUCUCUUGGAUGUGCCUACUUUGCCCUGGAGGGCUACGAGGGAGCUGCUAAGGCUUUCCAGAGGUGUGUGGGACUGGAGCCAGAUAACGCUGAAGCGUGGAACAACCUCUCUUCGGCUUACAUCCGCCUCAAAAUGAAGAACAAAGCCUUCCGUACCCUACAGGAGGCCCUGAAGUGUAACUACGAGCACUGGCAGAUCUGGGAGAACUUCAUCGUGGUCAGCACUGACAUCGGGGACUUUGCUGAAGCCAUCAAGGCAUACCACCGCCUGAUGGACCUGAAGGAAAACUACAAAGACAUCCAGAUCCUGCAGAUCCUGGUCAAAGCAGUGGUAGAGAACCUGACUGACAGCCAGGGGACGCCAGCAGGGAUGCUGGAGUCCAAACUGAAGGAGCUUCUGGGUCGGAUCACUUCCCGCCACAGCAGCGACGCUGAGAUCUGGCGGCAGUACGCCGUUCUGUACGGUGACGGCGGCAGCACCGACCCCGAGGACAACGAAAAGGCGCUGCAGUUUCUGUCUAAAGCACUUCGCUGUGAGGUUCAGACGGGAGGCUGGGAGAAGGAACCAGCUCUGUUCAGGGAGGUGAUCCGAAGAGCCGUCCACCUGGGGGAAGUGACCGUCAGCUGCAGUCAGAAGAAGAAUCCAGCAGAAGCUCUGCAGAUGUUGUCCUCCACCCGCCUCAGCCUCAGGAGUCUGGCAACCAAAGCCAAGCAAAUGCACACGGACGUGUCCACAGGUCGAGUCCACGCUGAUCUCCAGGACGACGUCGCAGCUUUGGAGAAGCUCGUCGCUGACCUGCAGGAUCUGAGUGGACGGCUGCGUGACCAAUCAUAGUGACCCUUUGAAGACACACCACCUUGCCUGGCUGAGAGAAGCAAAUAGAAAGUUAAAGGACUCACUUCCAUGUUUUUACACCUUUACAUUUACAACCAGACGAAGAAGAUGACUGUGACUCAUAAAAUGUUUAAAGUUUUGAUUCAGGCUAUGAGUGUUUUUCUUUUUGAGAAGAAAAAUGAUUAAAUAACUUCAUGUAAACUGACUUUUAGGAACAAACUUUGAACCACGGAACACGUAGUGGAUCAUGCUAGCAGCCAUCUUUUUUUCCCAUCAGUUUGUUGAACGAACUCAUGGAAAUGUUUCAGCCUUUUCAUCAAACUGCAUCGAUCUUGUCUCAGUAAACAGGAGAACAUCUGAUUUUAUACCCAAUCCUGACACCCUCGCCUGUUCUCAGAUCAGUGUUAUUUUCCUCCAUCCUUUUUUUGUUGUGUCAUCAAAGUUAAGCACAAUAAAGAUAAUUUCUUUG